AUGGAAGAAGCAAAUAUUGAGCGUCGCCAUAACGCAUCCCUGCCCAAGGAGUGGGAGCGGCCGUGCCAGGCUGUCGCCGACCUCCCACCCCUGCCGCCAAUACUACCCCGACCUGAAUAUGCGCUGAAGCCAUACGUGAUCAGCCACGCAGAUUCCGUCGUUCACUUUCUCGCGGCAUGCGAGGAAGGCCUUCUCGAAGAAGUCUCGGCUUUCAUUCAACGGCAGAAGCCAAGCCAGGCCAUCCUCCAGUACGGUCUCGAGCAUGCAUCCUUUGAAAACCAGGUGGCUGUCGUGCGAUACCUGCUCGACCUAGGAGCAAAGCUUCACGGCAACGUCUUCGUACGGCCUGAAUCCCAGCCAUGUACCCGCCGUCAGCCCGUUUAUGCUGAUGUCUGCAUCUUCGACCCUGGCCGAGAAGACAAAGGCGACCUCCUGCCCUUGGUCAAAGUAUUGACGGAGUUUGGUUGGCAUCCAAACCAAGCCUGGAAACUGACUCUGUACAACGUGGCCAAGAUUGCUUUGCCGUAUCGGGGUUGCCUGAUGAACAAACCGCUCUCUAAGUUUCUCUUGGAGCACGGCGCAGAUCCAAAUAUCGAUGGAGGUCACCUGGUCAAAAACGGGAGCCCGACUCUGCAGAGGGAAACCGGGGAACUUUUGAACGCAGCCUUUGGCCUGUGGGACAUGGAACUCGUCGACAUGCUCCUCGCACAUGGCGCAAACCUAUCGUACGCCCGACCCUUGCACAGCCUGGUAUCUGGGCAAGUCAAACAACUGAGAAACCUGGAUAUCUGGAAUGUGCCAUUCUCCAGACGACGUCCGCUCGCAGAGCAUGUCCUCGAACUGGGUCUGAUGGGUGUGAAUGAUGUGAAGAUGGUGCCCUACACCGACAUGAUCUGUCGCCAGAGGGGAAGCACCUAUGAGACGACAGCUUUCGCCUAUGCAUGUGCUGCGCAGGAUUACGAGUACGCCGAAUGGCUUCUGGAAAGGGGCGCCAACCCCGAACUUGCUGGUGGGAAGGCGUUUACACAGCAGUGGUUCUUUUGGUCUGGACCAACUAAUCCCGAGACUGUGCGUGAGAUGGUGAAGAAAGUGAAAGAAAGGAGUAGCAAUGGGGCUGGUAGGAGCAAGCGGAGUUAUGGCGAUUUUGAACGAGACAACCUUGAUGAAUCGUGA